AUGGCUCCUCUGGUUGAGGUUGGCACUGUGUGCGAUCGCCAGCGCCUCCUGUCGGAGCGGCUCCUAACGGGGGAAAGCGUCUGUGAUGAGGAGGCAAACAUAUUGGGGUGCGAGUUGUACGAGGCAGCUGCAGCAGGCAAAGUGGGGGACAUGCAGAAGCCGUUCGCUGCAGGUGCGAGCCUAGAGGUUGGCGACUCGGACUGUGAGACUCCUCUGUUUAUGGCUGGCUCAGAGGGCCGCGUGGAGGCCGUGAGAUGGCUGUUGAAAGUCGGGGCACAAGCAGACAGAAGAAACUACUACGAGCAAACGCCCCUGCACAAGGCGGCAGAGAGGGGCCACGCGUCCGUGAUAGACCUGCUGGUGGCUGCCUGCGCCAGUGCCGACGUCACGGACAAUGGCGGCGACACGCCGCUACGUCUGUCAGCAGAGCACGGACACCUGGAGGCAACGAGAGCGCUGCUUCAGGCUGGGGCUGAUAGAGGCGUCAAAAAUGAAGAGCAGAGAACGCCACUGGACGUCGCAAUCAAGCACAAUAGACAGGAAGUCGUAGAUAUUCUGAUGAACUACUCUCCCUGA